GGGAGCCGUCUCGGCCCGCACCCCUGCGCGCGCCGCGGCAGGGUUGCAGGGCUGGGCGCGCGCCCCGCGUCUGGGGCAGGAAGAUGGUGGCGAGCGCGCGGGUGCAGAAACUGGUGCGGCGCUACAAGCUGGCGAUCGCCACGGCGCUCGCCAUCCUGCUGCUGCAGGGCCUGGUGGUGUGGAGCUUCAGCGGCCUGGAGGAAGACGAGCCGGGCGAGAAAGGAAGGCAGAGGAAGCCACGGCCACUGGACCCUGGUGAGGGCUCCAAGGACACAGACAGUUCAGCCGGGCGGCGGGGCAGCGCCGGCAGAAGGCAUGGGCGCUGGCGGGGCCGCGCCGAGAGCCCAGGUGUGCCCGUGGCCAAAGUGGUACGGGCUGUUACCAGCCGGCACAGAGCUAGCCGAAGGGUCCCUCCCGCCCCACCCCCAGAGGCCCCUGGCCGCCAGAACCUGAGUGGGGCCGCAGCCGGGGAGGUGCUGGUUGGGGCAGCUGGCUUUCCACAACACGGAGACACUGGGAGUGUGGAGGGCGCCCCCCAGCCCACAGACAAUGGCUUCACCCCCAAGUGCGAGAUUUUGGGCAAAGACGCACUGUCCGCACUGGCCCGGGCCAGCACCAAGCAGUGCCAGCAAGAGAUCGCCAACGUGGUGUGCCUGCACCAGGCCGGGAGCCUCAUGCCUAAGGCUGUGCCUCGGCACUGCCAGCUGGCUGGUAAGAUGAGCCCCGGCAUCCAGUGGGAUGAGGCCCGGGCCCAGCAGCCCGUGGACGGCCCCCCAGUGCGGAUCGCCUACAUGCUGGUGGUCCACGGCCGCGCCAUCCGCCAGCUGAAGCGCCUCCUCAAGGCUGUCUACCACGAGCGGCACUUCUUUUACAUCCACGUGGACAAGCGCUCCAACUACCUGCACCGGGAGGUGGUGGAGCUGGCCCGGCAGUAUGCCAACGUUCGGGUGACACCCUGGCGCAUGGUCACCAUCUGGGGCGGGGCCAGUCUGCUGAGGAUGUAUCUGCGGAGCAUGCAGGACCUGCUGGAGGUGCCUGGCUGGGCCUGGGACUUCUUCAUCAACCUCAGUGCCACUGACUACCCCACCAGGACCAAUGAGGAACUGGUGGCUUUCCUGUCCAAGAACCGGGAUAAGAAUUUCCUCAAGUCACAUGGCAGGGACAACUCCAGGUUCAUCAAGAAACAGGGCCUGGACCGGCUCUUCCAUGAAUGUGACUCGCACAUGUGGCGCCUGGGUGAACGGCAGAUCCCGGCAGGCAUCGUGGUGGACGGUGGCUCCGACUGGUUCGUACUGACACGCAGCUUCGUGGAGUAUGUGGUGCACACGGACGACCCGCUCGUGGCCCAGCUGCGCCAGUUCUACACCUACACGCUGCUCCCAGCUGAGUCCUUCUUCCACACAGUGCUGGAGAAUAGCCCGGCCUGCGAGAGCCUCGUGGACAACAACCUGCGGGUCACCAACUGGAACCGUAAGCUGGGCUGCAAGUGCCAGUACAAGCACAUCGUGGACUGGUGCGGCUGCUCCCCCAAUGACUUCAAGCCGCAGGACUUCCUACGGCUGCAGCAAGUCUCCAGACCCACCUUCUUUGCCCGGAAGUUUGAGUCCACUGUGAACCAGGAGGUCCUGGAAAUUCUGGACUUCCACCUGUAUGGCAACUACCCCCCUGGCACGCCAGCCCUCAAGGCCUACUGGGAGAAUGUCUAUGACGUGGCCGAUGGCCCCAGUGGGCUCAGUGAUGUCAUGCUCACCGCCUACACCGCCUUCACCCGCCUCAGCCUGCGCCACGCUGCCACCACUGCACCCCUGCCGGCCACCCCACUCUGCAGGUUUGAGCCCAGGGGCUUGCCGUCCAGCGUGCACCUGUAUUUCUAUGACGACCAUUUCCAGGGCUACCUGGUGACGCAAGUGGUGCAGCCCUCAGUCCAGGGGCCAGCAGAGACGCUUGAGAUGUGGCUGAUGCCCCAGGGGUCGCUGAAGCUGUUGGGGCGCAGUGACCAGGCCAGCCGGCUGCAGAGUUUGGAGGUCUCUCUCAGAGGCCUUCGCUUCGUGUGGGGAUGUUCUCCGGGCAGGACUUUGAACCUUACCUCUGCCUUCCUGCCCCACCAUUGCAGACCAGGUCAGAAUGGGAGCCUAGAACAAAUUCUAGUCCAAGAUCUUCAUUUUGGAGACGGGGAAACUGAGACCCAGAGGGAGACUGUGUGUAGUUCGAGGUCACAGUGCAUUAGAGGCGGCAUUAGAGUAGAGAGGAGGAUUUUCCCCCAGGCUCCUGCCCAGCUGCCUCCCUCCCUACAGGUUGGCACCGAGUGGGACCCCAAAGAGCGUGUUUUCCGGAACUUUGGGGGGUUGCUGGGGCCACUGGAUGAGCCUGUGGCCAUGCAGCGUUGGGCCCGGGGCCCCAACCUCACAGCCACUGUGGUAUGGAUCGACCCCACCUAUGUGGUGGCCACAUCUUAUGACAUUGUGGUGGACACAGAGACCGAGGUCACGCAGUACAAGCCCCCACUGAGCCGACCCCUGCGGCCAGGGGCCUGGACCGUUCGACUACUUCAGUUCUGGGAACCCCUGGGUGAGACCCGCUUCCUCGUGCUGCCCUUGACCUUCAACCGCAAACUACCUCUCAGGAAAGAUGAUGCCAGCUGGCUGCACGCCGGGCCCCCCCACAACGAGUACAUGGAGCAGAGUUUCCAGGGCCUGAGUGGCAUCCUGAACCUGCCUCAGCCAGAGCCCAUGGAGGAGGCCGCCCGGCAGCACACGCUGCUUACGGGCCCCGAGCUCGAGGCCUGGACAGAUGGGGAACUGAGUGGCUUCUGGUCUGUGGCUGGACUGUGUGCCACGGGCCCCUCCACCUGCCCUUCCCUGGAGCUCUGCAGACUGACCAGCUGGAGCUCUCUGUUCCCCGACCCCAAGUCAGAGCUGGGGCCUGUCAAAGCAGACGGGCGACUCAGGUAGCAGGGCCCCAGCAGCACCUCUGGAACACCUGAGGAAUUGCACUUACAGACAAAGGAGGGGCAUCCCCCCACCAACAGGCAAGGACCAGAGGCCCAGACAACACGCCCAUCAGCCAUAAGAACCUGCACAGAUGGCAAGGAAGGUGGGCGCAGUAUUUACAACUGCCGGUGGCGCUGCUGGGGACCAGAGAGGGGCAGGAAUAGGAGGAGAAGGGCUCCAGCUUCCACACCCUGCUCUUCCAAGCCUUCUCUGAUUUUUUUUUUUUAAGAAAAAUGGGUGGUGUGGGGAGGAACUGGAAACAAAAGAUGUGCAAUAGGGCUCAGAGCAGCCCCAGGAAGUGGGCCAUGGCUCUAGGGAGCAGCGGCCUGAUGGGCCCAUCUGCUGUUGCUCUGGAGGUGGGGCCAGCGUCUCUGUCCAGGGCAUCAUCCCUGGGCCUAGGCCUGUGUGCUCGUGGCUGAGGCUCUGUAAGUGCCCUGCCAGGCUCUGAGGCCCAGAGACCAGGUGAUUUGGAGGAGCAUUGCAGAGCUGGGCUCUAGUGGGACAGCCUCUCCUCUUGUAGCCAGGGGACCACAGAAGAGAGGGUGGGGCUGGCUCUAGGGCUUUCCAGAAUGCCCUGCUCCUUGACGGGAAAGGCAGGGCACCAGGACCUACUGAGAACAAUGCAGAGUCUCCCAGGUACCCAGAACUGCAAGCAGAGCCUUGGGCUGCUGCCCCAGAAGGGCAAGGCCGCAUGAGCAGCAUGGGAAGAAGACUCUGUCGGGGAUCUCAGAGGAACCUGAAGCAGCAUCGUGCCUGAAGCUCAGUGUGAAGUCUGAAAUAUGCAACAGAAGAAAUAGAUCUCUAUCUCUUUAA